UGCAGCAAGAGGAGAAGAUGAAGGGAGUCUUUUUCAUGUCAGGAACGCAAAAUGUGUGCUGCAGGGUAUAUAACUGGUGAUGAGAUGGAGGACAGUACUUGCUGGGAGAAGCCGUGGCAGUUAGACACAAGUUGGAUCUAGACUUGGCACAGUUCUUGCAGCCAGCUGCUUCCGAGACUCCUCGAGAGUCUACACAGCAUAAAGGAAGAAAGCUGGGAAAAUGCUUCUUCCUCAUGAUUCUUCCCUUGUUGACUCUUUCCUUAGGGUUCCAAUCUGAAAGGUGAGCUUGGGGAUCCAAGCAGUCCAAGAGUGCAGCCGGCUCUUUCCAAGAGCGGGGAAUUCCUUUGGAGAGGAACUUGCUCUAAGAAGUUCCCCAUGCCUCAGAAAGGAGUCGACUGCUACUUUUAUUUCUACUCCAUCUGCUUUAAGGGAGACAGCUGUGCCUUCCGCCACUGUGAAGCGGCUCUGGGAAGUGAACAAGUCUGCAGACAGUGGAUGGAGGGUCGCUGUUCCAGCAGCGACUGCAAGUUCAGACAUAUGAAAAUUGAUAAGAAGCGCAGUGAGAUUCCCUGCUAUUGGGAGAAUCAGCCGGGAGGCUGUCAGAAAGCCCACUGCCCUUUUCUUCACCAGAAGGAACGCGGUGGGAACGCACCGACCGUACCACCAAGCAACGAAGCUGACACGAGUGGCCUUCCUCUCAACAGCGGCCUUGCAGAAAGUCUGGGGAACCAGACAGAGGUUGAGAAGGCACCAGAGAGAGUUGACAUCCCAGCUUCCUCCCACGGCCCGGCUGCGCAAAAACGCAAGCGAUGCGACGAGAAGGGCAAAGCAAGGGAAUUGCCUUGCAAGAAAAGAGUCAAGGGUGGACGCAAGGUGAAAAUGAGGGCUAUUGAUUGGAAAGCCACCUUCCCCAAAAAGCAGAGACAGAAACGAAAAGCAGCAGAGAUGCAACCAUCUGCUGCUGAGGACACCGAUGAGCCCCCAGCCAGAAAACUACCAAUGGCCAUCGUUUCAGCCCUGCCUGGGGACAGCCUGGUGACCAUUCCUGCAGUCAAAACACCUCCAAGCAGUCUGGAACUGCUUCCGGGAAGCCAGGCAGACUCCGUGGCAGACUCUGUGAGGAAUGCCUCACAAGAAGCAGAUCAGAUGCAGCAGCUGAGCUGCACAGAGGCGGGGAAAGCGCUCGUCUCAGAGGAUGAUGACAUCGAAAACUUAAUGCUGGAAAUCAUAGGAGAUGAAUUGGAAGGAGAAAUUGAUGUGGACAGUGAGAACGAUGUGGAUGAGCUCCUUCAGGAACUGUCUGAGAUCAUUGACAGUGUAACACCAUAGACUGAUUGUAUAUUUUAAAACAAACAACAACAAACAACAAUUAAAACCAACCCUAUUCCUUUUCAACCCUGUUUCUUUUCUUUCUUACACUGUGGGGACACUUUUCCUGAAACUGCAAUGAGUCUUAAAGCAAACUGGCAGAAAUCAGCAGUGCCUGCAUUCUGUUCUCCUGAUUUCCCUGCUGGUCUGAGUUCAGAGGCCGUGCACCCACUCCCCAGCUCUGGGUGGCUGC